GCGGGAGGCGGUGGUUGCCCUGGCAUCGCAGCUGAGGGAGCCGCAGCCCGUGAGGGGGACGACGGAGGGGAAGCGGGCGGAGAGGCGGCGGAGGCGCCCCUGAAGCCCCGGGAGCGGCCGGAGGAGGAGGAGGAGGAGGCAGAGGGCCGCCGGGGCCCCGUCUUGGCCGACAUGAGGGACCGCCUGGCCGAGCUGGCAGCGCGCACCCAAAAUGAAGAUGGAGAGGCAUCUGUUGUUGUUGAAAAUGACCAUUAUAUGGAAGACUUCUUCCAGCAGGUUGAGGAAGUUAGAAAGUACAUUACAAAAAUAGCAGACGUUGUGGAAGAAGUGAAGAAGAAGCACAGCGUUAUUCUUUCUGCCACACAUCCUAAAGACAAAACAAAGGAAGAACUUGAAGAACUGAACAAAGAGAUCAGGAAAACAGCAAAUAUCGUUCGUGCUAAGUUGAAAACCAUAGAACAAAAUUUAGCUCGACAUGAUAAUGUUAAUCGAACUUCAGCUGAUGUCAGAAUACGAAAAUCACAGCAUACAGUGUUGGCCCGGAAGUUUGUGGAGGUCAUGACAACAUAUAAUACAACCCAGACAUGCUUUCGGGAACGUACCAAGGAUCAGAUACGGCGGCAGCUAGAAAUAACUGGAAAAAACACUUCUGAUGAAGAGCUGGAAGAAAUGCUGGAAAGUGGCAAUCUUUCUAUCUUCACUUCUGACAUUAUUUUAGACACCAAAAUUACUAGAGAAGCUCUUGAUGAAAUCGAGUCACGUCACAAAGAUAUUAUAAAACUGGAAUCCAGUAUACAUGAGCUGCACGAAAUGUUUAUGGACAUGGCAAUGCUUGUUGAGGUUCAGGGUGACAUGGUCAACAGCAUAGAGAAAAAUGUGAUGAAUGCAGUUGAUUAUGUAGAACAUGCAAAAGAAGAGACGAAAAAGGCAGUUAAAUACCAAAGCAAGGCUCGCAGGAAAAAGUGGAUAAUUCUCAUUAUAGUGCUGGUGGUGCUUGCUGUACUUGCUUUAAUAAUUGGCUUGUCGGUCGGGAUUAAGUGAUGCUUCGAUAACCUCAGCAUGCAGCCUCGCUCUGCUGUUGUGCAAAAUUGGUGUUCAUAAUAAUUUGUGUAGCCGUAAUCCUUCUAAUCCUUGGAAUUGUCCUAGCAGCGACUUUCUCAUAACGAACAGCACAUUCCAAGAGUUUGGGAUCUUCUGAAUCACACAUGCAGGGAAACCAACGUGGCCUAGUUCUUGUAAAGAUGCCUUUUCUUGCCAUAAUGAAAGUUUCUUUUGCAGGAUUGGCCAUUUACUAGCUAUUUAAAUAGUCAAUAGCACUUACGUUUUACUCCUGCAAGUUGGAACCAAAUUGUAACCACAGUUGUUUUUUCUUAUUCCAAACAAGAAAAAGCUGGAAAGCCUAUCAUAUGGACAUGUAACCUUAAAAGCUGCUAAAUCUUUUCUGCACUAACUAAUUUGAAGAUGAAUUCCAACUUUAGGUACAUCAGUGUUACCAGUAUAGAAUUAGGGAAUUAGUUUGUGGUUUUUUUGUUUUGUUCUUUUGCCAGAAGCAUUCAGCUUUUGAAAUUUGGCUUCGUUUUUUUCCACUACUAAUUCAUCUUCUUAGCAUAACAAUCUUGUUUAAAAUUAAAGCAGCCACGUUCUCUAAAUAACUGUUUGACUUCAAUCCUAAACACAUUUACUUUGGAGGUGGGUCACACUGAAGCAACUGGAUUUACUCUGAAGUAAAUGUCAUUGAGAUUGAGAUGUGGCUUUCUCUUGUCUCCAGUUUUAAUGUUGAAAAAUGGUCUUAAACUAUAGGUCUUAAGAUUUGUGUGUGAUAUUUUUUAAAAAGCAAGUAAUUUUUUAUAUUCAUUUUUAUUAGCGUCAAGGCAAACAAGUAGAAGUUGAAGUGCCUCUUUAACAGUGACCUCAUCAACUCUUUGCUUUUAAAACUUAAACUCUAUUAUGAAUAACUUUUAAUCUGUGCUAUAAAACUGUCUCUUUUUAAAGAAGAUCCACUCCACUGUGAAGUUUGCUAAGUGCUCUCUCUGUAUGUUCUUUCAGAGUUUUGUUAUAAAAUGCUUAAAGGACACAAGAUUUCUUGAGAUGAAUGAGAGGUGCAGUCCAUGCGAGGGAGACUUCCAUUCACCUCAAUGGAGGGAAGGGAAGCUUUGCAUGCUUCUUCAGCCACCUCCGCUGAAGUGAAUGGGGAAGGCUUCAUGGGUGGCACUGAUCCAGACACGCACCAGGGCCCAUUGGGAAAAGGAUCUUUGGGUCCACGUUCUCUUCUCUUGUGCAAGUCCUGUUAAUUUUAGCAAGACCUGCAACUGAGGCUGAUUUAGUGGGCCGUGUUCAAAAUGCCUAGUAAGAAAAUGGGCUGCAAUUAAAAAAAAACGUGAUGAUGGAGCAAAGAUACAAGUGUCUUGAAGCUUGACUUAAUUUUGAAAUACUUCCAAUCUGCGGUGUAUGCAAAGGAACUCAAAUGCGCACAGAUCAGAUCUGCGUUAACAAUAUUGGGUGUAAUGCAGUGAGCCACUUCUUUGCCAAGGAGCAAAAAUCAAGGUAUUGCUUCUUUACCAUUUCUGUUUGGUCCUUGAAGAGUGGGUGGUUGAUCAAGAGAAACUGGCAUGUUUAUACUUUAAAAAUAAUAAUAAUAAUAAUAAUCUUAAAUAAAACACGGAUUUUGUUGGGGAAUUGGCUUCUCAGUUUCCAAAACAUGAAUGAAGUGUUUGUGACGGCAAAAGCUUCGAUCCAAAGAAAGUUGGUUGCACUGAAAUCCUACUGAAAUGAAUGGGACCUAACACACAUAACUUCCUCUGGAUUUGGGGCCAAAGUGUCCAUCUGUUAGCAACUUUUAAGCAUUUCUGAAGUAACCCAGACGUUUGAAUUUUGUUGGGUUUUUUUUGUAUCGUGUUUAUUACUGUGUAAAAUAUUUGUAAGUGUAUUUUGAUUUGCUACUGUUUAAAUAUAGUAAUGUCGAUAUUUAUGCUGAAAGUGAAAUAAACUAUAACGGGUGCCUUUUUAAAAAACCAAACCAAACCAGAAUGUGGCCUUGAAAUGCUUAUUUCUCUGUGUUGUGUGUAUAAUAGAUAUAUAUAUAUGUAAACAUAAACUGCAGGUAUACUUUGCCUUGCAGUGAACAUUUUUUUUUCAUGUAACCUCUCAUUUAUUUUACUUUUUAUGUAUUUGAAAGACAUACUGUUAAACAAUUGCGACACAUGCAGUGACCUAAAAAGGUGUCUGUAAUAGUGGCUAUUGCUGAUGUGUAUAAAUUCUUGGCGCACUACAAAUGUUCUGUGGAAAGUGUUCACCCUGAAAAUAUGGAGACUAGUAAAUAUAACAUUCCAAAUAA